AUGAGCUUCACUGGGAAGUACGAGCUCCAGUCCCAGGAGAAUUUUGAGCCUUUCAUGAAAGCCCUUGGACUUCCUGAUGACAUGAUCGAGAAGGGCAAGGACCUCAAGAGCACCUCAGAGAUUGUGCAGGAUGGGAAAAAGUUCAAGGUCACUGUGACCACUGGCCCCAUGGUGAUAUCAAACGAGUUCACCAUUGGGGAGGAGUGUGAGUUAACAAUACCAACAGGAGAUAAAGUCAAGGCUGUUGUUCAGAUGGAGGGGAACAACAAACUGGUGGCAACCAUGACAGGGAUGAAGUACAUCAACGAACUCAACGGAGACAUCCUCACCAGUGUAUUCACCAAGGGUGACCUCACCUACAAGAGGAUCAUGAAGAGAAUCUAG